AUUGGUCAGUGGUUGGCAGCCAUGUUUAACUACCUGAAACACAUCCCACGCUACCUCAUCCCCUGUUACUUUGAUGCCAUACUGGUGUCCACCCACACUACCGCUCUGGAUGCAUCUCAGAAACUCAUGUCCAGUUUCGUCCAGAAUGGCUCCAGCUUCGUGCGUUACCUGGCACUGGGGUCCGUUCAGAUGUGUGGCGUUGGAGACCUGCCUGCCCUCCCUCCCCUUUCUACGAAACUUGACAACGUUCCCUACCGCGUCAGUCCAGUCACAGGCCAGAAGGAGCAGUGCUGCGUCUCAUUGGCUGCAGGUCUGCCUCAUUUCUCCUCUGGGAUUUUCCGGUGCUGGGGCCGAGACACUUUCAUCGCCCUCAGAGGACUGGUGCUGCUCACUGGGAGACACAUCGAGGCUCG